AAAAAAAAAACACUCACUUUUCAUGCGAAGCGAAUCUGAUGUUAUUAAUUUCUUUUUCCAGAGCAACAAACAACCAAAUUAAGUCAUCUCGUAGUUUUAUUAAGCACAUUUUCCACUCCCUUCUCCCCUUACUAUUCCUCUUACUGUAGCCAAAGGAUCCAAAUCUAUCCGGCGAGGCGAGAGAGAGAUUAGAAAAGCUUUUGCACACUGAUCUGUGAAGCCUCUCUCUCUCUCUCUCUCUCUCUCGAUUAUCGCCAAUGGCCGAUGAACCAUCUAUUACUCGGUGGUCUUUUCAGGAUUUCAAAACAUUUUAUGAUGUCAAGUUUGGAAGAAAGAGGGUUUCAGAAGCGCAAAACGGCCGGUCAGCUGCUGAUAAAUCAGUGCAAAACGGAAUUUCUUCUUCGAGCACUUCAUCGAACGGUAAUGGUCAUGUCAAGAACACAUCUGACAUGGCCAUUUACGAGCAGUACAGAAACCAAAAUGGGAGCUCAAACCACUCUAAUGGAGUUCUAUCUAACGGGAUUGAUGACAGACCGAAGAAACCUUUGCUUCCGGCUUUUGAUUCUGCUGAAACUCGUAAUUUAGCAGAGGGAUUAUGCAGGGAUAUUGUUCGAGGUAACCCUGACGUCAAGUGGGAAAGCAUUAAGGGGUUAGAGAAUGCCAAACGUUUACUGAAAGAAGCAGUUGUCAUGCCAAUAAAAUAUCCUAAGUACUUUACAGGUCUACUAUCACCAUGGAAAGGUAUUCUUCUUUUCGGCCCUCCAGGAACAGGAAAGACAAUGCUUGCAAAGGCAGUUGCUACGGAGUGCAAAACCACAUUCUUCAAUAUCUCAGCAUCUUCUGUUGUUAGCAAGUGGCGUGGUGAUUCAGAGAAGUUAAUAAAGGUGUUAUUUGAACUUGCUAGGCACCAUGCACCAUCAACUAUAUUCAUUGAUGAAAUUGAUGCAAUUAUUAGUCAACGAGGUGAAGGUCGCAGUGAGCAUGAAGCAAGUAGGCGUUUGAAAACUGAGCUACUCAUACAGAUGGAUGGUUUGACACGGACAGAUGAGCUGGUUUUUGUUUUGGCAGCAACAAAUAUCCCAUGGGAAUUGGAUGCAGCCAUGCUUCGGCGUCUGGAGAAGCGAAUCCUUGUACCUCUUCCAGAGCCAGAAGCAAGAAGAGCCAUGUUCGAGGAACUCCUGCCAUCACAGCCUGAUGAGGACGAGCUACCUUAUGAUUUACUAGUAGAAAGCACAGAAGGUUAUUCAGGUUCAGAUAUUCGAUUGCUGUGCAAAGAAGCUGCCAUGCAGCCACUGAGACGGCUGAUGGCACUUCUCGAAAACAGACAGGAAAUGGUGCCUGAGGAUGAGUUGCCAAAAGUUGGGCCAAUCACACCUGGGGAUAUAAAGACUGCUUUGGAGAACACCAGGCCUUCGGCUCACCUCCAUGCCCAACGUUAUGAGAAUUUUAAUGCUGAUUAUGGUAGUCAAAUACUCCAAUGAAGGCACUCAAUUUUUAUGGCAUUGUUAGAAAAUGUUCUUAAUUAUUAUUUUUAACCAUAAUCAGUCUAGAGCAGCAUGUGAGAACUUGACGAUUAUGUUUUGUAUUAGCUUUGAUUGCUUUGCUCCCCAGGAUAGUACUUUAACAGUUUCCUAUUUCCUUGGUUUCUUUAUAGAGCCGCUGCUGAUUGAGGGUGUUUCUUUGGUUUGCUUAGCUCAUUGCUGCUAUAGACUGGAUAUUCAAAUUCGUUUUGUGGAGUAUUUCUUCCUCCUAACAUGUUUUUGGAUUUCGAAUCUGCUUAGUUAAUGUGCUUUCAAGUGGAAAACUUUUUCUGCAAGUCCUUUUCAA